AGACCUGAUCUGCAGAAGGGAGCAAGACGAGCUCUUCAGCAUCACCGCAGAGCUACAGCUAACUGUCAACCGGCUCGAUACAAUGAUGGAAGAUGAAGAAUUGGACUUUGUGGAUGAUUUGGACGCGAUUUUACACCUUACUCCAGAAGUGCAGCUUGCCAUCGAACAGGUGUUUCCCAGUCAGGAUCCACUCGAUCGAGCUGAUUUCAAUGCAGUUGAAUACAUCAACACGUUGUUUCCUACUGAGCAGUCCCUGGCAAAUAUCGAUGAAGUGGUUAACAAGAUUCGUCUGAAAAUCAGACGACUUGAUGACAACAUCAGGACGGUGGUGAGGGGACAAACUAACGUUGGCCAGGAUGGCAGGCAGGCUCUGGAGGAAGCUCAGAUAGCCAUCCAGCAACUGUUUGGCAAAAUCAAAGACAUCAAGGACAAAGCGGAAAAAUCGGAGCAAAUGGUAAAAGAGAUCACCCGGGACAUCAAGCAGCUGGACCAUGCAAAGCGUAACCUAACCACAUCCAUUACUACCCUUAAUCACCUGCACAUGCUCGCAGGAGGUGUGGACUCUCUGGAGGCCAUGACACGCAAGAGGCAGUAUGGCGAAGUGGCCAAUUUGCUUCAGGGAGUGGUCAAUGUGCUGGAGCACUUCCAAAAGUAUAUGGGGAUCCCUCAGAUCCGCCAACUGUCUGAACGAGUGAAAGCAGCACAAAGUGAACUUAGCACGCAGAUCCUAGCCGACUUUGAUGAGGCUUUUCCUGCACAGGGAUCAAAGAGGCCUGGGGGCCCUAGCAAUGUGCUCAGAGAUGCCUGUUUGGUGGCCAAUGUCCUGGAUCCUCGUAUUAAGCAGGAAAUAAUCAAGAAGUUUAUUAGGCAGCAUCUCUCUGAAUACCUUGUGCUCUUUCAAGAGAACCAGGAUGUGGCAUGGUUAGACAAAAUCGACCGGCGCUAUGCAUGGAUAAAGCGUCAGCUAGUGGAUUAUGAGGAGAAGUACGGACGCAUGUUUCCUGAAGAGUGGUGCAUGACGGAGCGUAUCGCUGUGGAGUUCUGCCAUAUCACCAGGACUGAGCUGGCCAAGCUGAUGCGAGCUCGUGCCAGGGAGAUUGAGGUCAAGCUGUUGCUCUUUGCUAUUCAGAGGACCACCAAUUUCGAGGGACUGCUGGCUAAGCGCUUCUCAGGCAGCACCUUGAGCGACGGCCCAGGGAAGAGACCUGAGACGCCCUUGGAGCCCACUAACCCUUUUCUGGAGGAUGAGUCAGGAGAGGACAACAUUUCUGAGAAGGAUGAAGAUCUCGUCAGGCCGAAGAAGCCCAAGACCCCAGAAAACCCCUUCCAUGGCAUUGUUUCCAAAUGCUUCGAGCCUCAUCUCUAUGUCUACAUUGAAUCACAGGACAAGAACCUUGGGGAGCUGAUUGACCGCUUUGUGGCUGAUUUCCGAGCCCAGGGUCCCCCUAAGUCAGGAACAGAAGAAGGGGGAGCUGUGUUACCCAGCUGUGCAGAUCUCUUUGUAUACUAUAAAAAGUGCAUGGUGCAGUGCUCUCAGCUGAGCACAGGAGAGCCUAUGAUUGCCCUCACUACCAUCUUCCAGAAGUAUCUGCGCGAGUAUGCCUGGAAGAUCCUGUCUGGGAAUCUGCCCAAAACAAGCAGUAACAGUGGAGGUCUGACCAUCAGCAGUCUGUUAAAGGAAAAAGAGGGUUCAGAAGUGACCAAAUUUACCACAGAAGAGCUCUGUCUUAUUUGUAGUAUCCUCAGCACAGCUGAAUACUGCCUUGCAACCACACAACAGCUGGAGGAGAAGUUAAAGGAGAAAGUAGACAAACCGCUCAUGGAGAGGAUUAACCUAACAGGAGAGAUGGACACCUUCAGCACUGUGAUCUCCAACAGCAUCCAGCUUUUGGUUCAGGAUCUGGAUGCUGCAUGCGAUCCAGCCCUCACAGCGAUGAGCAAGAUGCCAUGGCAGAGUGUGGAGCAUGUUGGUGACCAAAGCCCCUACGUCACUUCUGUCAUCAUGCAUAUCAAACAGAAUGUACCAAUAAUCAGAGACAACCUCGCUGCUACCCGCAAAUACUUCACCCAGUUCUGCAUCAAAUUCAUCAACUCUUUCAUUCCAAAAUUCAUCAACCACCUAUUCCGGUGUAAACCCAUCAGCAUGGUUGGAGCUGAGCAGCUUCUGUUGGACACCCAUUCUUUGAAGACUGUUUUGUUAGACCUUCCAUCUAUUGGCUCUCAAGUCCUUCGCAAAGCGCCAGCGAGUUACACUAAAAUAGUGGUCAAAGGGAUGACCCGGGCGGAGAUGAUUCUAAAGGUGGUCAUGGCUCCUCAUGAGCCGUCAGUGGUCUUUGUUGAUAAUUAUAUCAAGCUUCUUGCUGAUGGCAACCCAGAGACUUUCCAGAAAAUUCUUGACAUGAAGGGACUGAAGCGCAGCGAGCAGAGCAAUAUGCUGGAGCUCUUUAGACAGAGGUUACCUACUCCCCCCUCAGGGUCAGAUUCAGGACCCUCUAUGUCCUUCAAUGCCCCAACCCCUGAGCAGGAGUCCUCACGUAUCCGUAAACUGGAGAAGCUUAUCAAAAAACGAAUUCAGUGAUCUUUUCUUCAUCAGUGAAUUACACAGGACUUGUUAAAGCUAUAUGCGAAUGUGUCCCUCCUCCAGUGUCUUAACUCAUAGAGCAUUUUCAAGUGGCAUUAUUCACACGCAUAAAAGUUGAUAAAAGAGAACAUUUCCAUAUUAACAGGGAUCAGCCGUCCUAUACCGAAAACCAUAAAGUAAUGUUUAAAAGUUUUUAUUCCCCUAAUUAAUGUAAACCCCAUGAAUCAAAGGUUGUUUGUAAAAUUUCCUGUAAAACAUUGCUACAUUGCUGGCAUGUAUGAGUCAUUUACCCAUGUGUCCCAGUGUUUUUCCUUCUUUUUUUUUUCUUUUAUAACACUAAUGUGCAGACUUUCCAUAGUGGCUGAAUGCAUGUCAUUUACUUUGCACAUUUCUGAAAUAUGUUUGCACUUAAAGCAAAGUGGAUGGCAGAGAAAUCCAGAAAAGUACCCUGUUGCUACUUUGGCAAAAAUUCUUCCGGUUAGGGAUCAGAAUGAUUUAAGGGCAGUGUUUCUCUAAAUGUCCCCUUCACAAUCACCAUUACAAUAAACGAUCUUGAGGCACUUUGUGAAUGGUGUGUGCUGGGGGACUCUUUGUGUAAAUGGUAGUGGUCUGUAAUUCACUCUGCAGGUUUAGGAUUAGAGCCCAGGGCACUCUGUACCACAGAGAAACUAGGGAUUUCCUGUCUCUCAAUGGGACACAAACGAGUUGCCUUUCUUUCCCUCUGAAUUGACAUACUGUAAAGGUUCAAAGCUGUCGAGAUAUUUAUCAGCACAUGAACAGAUCCUGAGUACAAAGGUUUUCUGAAACUCUGUGAUGUCUUAAAGGACCUUACAAGGGCCUCUGAUUAACUGUGGAGUCAUAUGUUGUAAUAUUAGAUUUAAGAUAUAAAUAUUAUGAAACAAGGGUGAAAUAUUUAUAUGGUAUUCUGUCUAUAUGUGUGUUGCCUGUUAAUUGAUUUCAGUUGAGAGAUUUUUGGCAUGUAUAAGUAAGAGUGGGGCUUUGAUCAUCUCUGUUGUACUUUUUACUCUGACUACUGCUCUUAAUCAUACAAUUGUCAUUAAAGGCUUUUCAAAAACUUU